CUCUCUCUCUCCCCUUGCCGGUGAGGACCACCGUGGCCUUGGCGUUUCCUCUCAAGGUUGGUGGCACUUCUCCUCUGGAACGAACUUAACUAAUCCUAUUACAAGGCUAGCUAGCUUGGCAGUAGCUAUAUAUAACUACCCCCCGUCCAUUGCCAUUGUUUCCUUGCACCCCAUCACCGGCAACAACCUCAUCCCCCUCGACUCCAUCGACUCCAUCGUUUCCCCUCGCCUCCUGCUCCCUCCCAUCAAUUAUCGCUAGUUGUGUGUAGCAUUUCACUCCAGCUAUAGUAGUGUCUUCUUUAUCUAUCCUAUAGUGAUCUCUGUGUGCGUGAACCGAUCCACCAUGAGCAUCUCCGUGAAUGGGCAGUCGGUGGUGCCGCCGGGGUUCCGGUUCCACCCAACGGAGGAGGAGCUGCUCACCUACUACCUCGCCAAGAAGGUGGCGUCCCAGCGCAUCGACCUCGACGUCAUCCGCGACGUCGAUCUCAACAAGCUCGAGCCAUGGGACAUCCAAGAGCGGUGCCGGAUCGGAACUGGCCCGCAGAACGACUGGUAUCUGUUCAGCCACAAGGACAAGAAGUACCCGACGGGGACACGCACCAACCGCGCCACCGCCGCCGGGUUCUGGAAGGCCACCGGCCGGGACAAGGCCAUCUACUCCGCCGCCGGGUCCGGCCGCAUCGGCAUGCGCAAGACGCUCGUCUUCUACAAGGGCCGCGCCCCGCACGGCCACAAGUCCGACUGGAUCAUGCACGAGUACCGCCUCGACGACGCCGCACCCGUCAACCCCACGGCCGGCGAGGCCACCUACUACUCCAGUGACUCAUUCCCGAUACAAGGCCUAGCCGGCGAACAGCCGUCGGCGCCGGAGGAUGGGUGGGUCAUCUGCCGGGUGUUCAAGAAGAAGAACAUCGUCGUGCAGCGCCAAGCUGGCCAGAACCGCGGCGGUGGCGGCGCAGCGUUCAGCAAGCUAGUCGGCGCCGGUGCCAUGGAGAGCAGCCAGAGCAACUGCUCGUCGACGUUGACGGCUGGCAGCGACCGCGCCAAGGCGCAGAUGAUGCACUGCUCCGCCAGCGACGACGGGCUCGACCACAUCCUCAGCUACAUGGGCCGCUCAUCCACGGCAUCGUGCAGGCAGGAGACCAAGCCCACCAACCCAUCAUCGUCAGCGUUGGACCACCUGAUCAACAGCGCGUGCCACAGCGGCAGCAGCACCCUGUACGACAAGUUCAUGAAGCUCCCGCCGCUCGAGCACGUCGUCCCCAACGGGAUCCUUCCGCCGCCGGCCGAGUACGGCGGCGACUGGGACGAUCUUGACCGGCUGACGGCGUACGAGCUCAACAGCCUCUCUGACCCCACGUUGGUCAAGACGACGAACGGCAUGUCCUAUAUCGCCGACGAGCUCGGUGGCGCCACCUCCUACUCUGGCGGUGUCUCGCUGUACACUCCCUCCGUCACCGGGGCCGGCGACGGCGACCUGUGGAGCCUGACGCGGCCGGUGUCCAUCGCUACACGCAGACUUGACGAGGUCCUGUUUUAAGGCUGUCGGAUGCUGACACUGUCCUAGCGGACCAAACUAGCCUUUUUUUCUAUAAGGAAAAUUUUCAUAUAUCAAGCUAAUACCAUCGCACCAAAUGAAUGUGUAGAUUCUAGUACUCCUGAACUAAAACCACAACGAGAAUUAUCAUAUGGAGGGUGUACAUAGGAAGAUGCAAGAGUCAGUGCGUCUAAACGAAAGGUGUCAUACAGAAAAAGUAAAAGUGGAUAUAAAUAACCUAAGACAGAGGAGGUCCUAUCCAAAGACAAUAUUACAUGUCCUACGGAAAAGUAGAAGUAGAUAUAAAUAACCUAAGAUGAUGGAGAACACCUCCCCCUAGUGCCUCUUCAUCCCGACCCCUUUAUAUAUCCCCUCCCCAGCCCAUCCAUGAAUAUGCGGGAACUUUCGCACCCCUGCCCCAUCAACUUUGUUGCACCGAUGACCAUGUGUGGGUAGCGCUCCUUGGACUAUGGGUUCAAAGCAAUAGCUU